AUGCCAUUCUACGGUCGUCCGAGCAAAAGUUGUGAGAGCUGCAGAGACCGGCGCAUCAAAUGCGAUCGUAUCGAGCCAGUCUGUUCGCAAUGCAAACGAGCGGGAAAGUCCUGUGGCGGCUACCGUGAUAUCCCCGCGUUCUUGUUCCGCAACGAGAAUGACAAGACGGCGCACCGGUCUGCCGUGGCCAAGUUCAAGUCAGAGGCCCGACGCAGACUGUUGGAUGAGACCCCGCCUGUGAUUUACCAUCCGCCCCGGAUCAAGCAGCGGCCACCUCAGUCGAGCCUCGUAGUGCAGCGAAUACCUCGGGUGCUGCACAUACCCCAGAUCCCUGCCGCUGUGCCUUCCAGUAUGGAAGAGCAGGGGCUGAAAUUCUUCUUCAAUCAGUUUGCUACUAAAGGCGAGGAGAUAAGACAUUCUCCGUUCUUUUCAGAAAUUCACAGUCUUAGUUGGAAGGCAUCCCCGCUGAUAGCAUCGAUUUCAACUGAAAUAUCGCUUCGAAAUGCGGUCAUGGCUGUGGGACUUGCUGCCAUGUCGAACGUUACAAGAGAUCGAGCCAUGCAGUUAGCCGCUAGAGAGAAAUAUGUGGAGACAAUUAAUUUUGUUCGAGCUGCAGUGGAGAACCCAGAGCAAUCUAAGCCCGACCUAAUUUUCAAGAUCAUCGCGAUGCUGAGUCUUUUUGAGAUGGUCUCUUGUCAAUCUAGCCAGGUGGACUCUUGGAUAGUACAUCUGGAUGGGUUGGCAGCCCUCCUCAAGCAGGACCAUUUUAAAACAGUCAUAAAGACACUGAGCGCCCGCCCCCAGAUUCAAUACUAUUGUGUAUCUGUUGUUAAAUAUUUUCUGCUUCAAGGGGAUAUUCCUUCCGAUCUUCUCGAAUGGUCACCUAAUAAAAUUUCCUCCGUCAAACCGGACGAACAACCGGCGGUUAAUCUAAUCGACAUACUCGUUCGCUUCACGAAAAUACAUCACACUCUUCGUCAUAUUGCUGAUGACCAGUGCGCUACCGACGCAUUGCCAAUAGUGUUAUCUUUGGAAACAGAGCUUCGCGAAUGGGAAAGAACCCUCCCCGACCAAUGGUCAUUCUCCGUCAAGGAGUCGCCUAGCCUCCAACACACUUUCAACGGAAAGUAUCUGGCAUGCAAAGACGCGUGGGCGUCAAGAAUUCUGAACCACUUCUUCUGGGUGCGGUUAAUUACGAACGAAAUGAUUCUCACCCAGCUAGCAAGGGCUAAGUAUCCGGGGUCGAGCAGCCUUCGACAUCAGCAACGGGCGUUGGAGACGAUUGCCUGCAUGGCGACAUGUAUUUGCGCGGCGGCCGCCAGUCAGAUGAGCCUAUUCCAAGAUGGGGCUUCAGCCAACGUACCCCAGAAUCCUCCGCCGUUAAACGGAAUUUUCAUGCUUUUUUUCCCCUUGUCCGUGGCUGGUGGCGCGGCGACCGCCCCAGUCGAAGUACAUCAAUGGGUGAUACAGACUCUUCAGAAGAUCGGAAAUACUAUGGGAAUUCAAAGAGCACUGGAGGUCAUCCCGCAUCUGAAGAUUACUCGCCCGGAUGAAUUGUAUCCAUACCUGCACGCAAGGUAG